AUGGUGUUCCCACGUUCAUCCUACUACGACAGUCGCAAUCGCCAGUCAGCUGCCUUAAUUCGGGCGAGACGGCCAUACCUAGUCAAGAACGCGGUUGUCGGCCUCAGCGUUUCUGCGAUUGCGAUUGGCAUUUGGGCUUACACUAUCCAUGCGAUCGGUCAGGAUGAGUUCGACGACGUUAAAGUUCCGGAUGUGGCUGUAAAGCCUGCCCCGCAGACUGGGAAAAAGUGA